CAAGGCGUUUCAGGAGGAGGAGUCUCCUGUGGUGAUAUACUGUAUCAGCAUGCAAUGGUUCCGGGAAUGGGAAGGCUUUGUCAAAGGCAAGGACAUUGACCCACCAGGACCAAUUGAUAACUCCAAGAUUGCUGUAAAUAAAAAUGGACACAUCACAUUAAAGCCAGGCGCUGAUUCAGGUCAGAUAUCUGAAGAGACCUGGAACUUCCUCCAUUCCAUCUACGGAGGAGGGCCAGUGGUGACCGUGCGGCCCAGUGUCAGCCAUCAGGAGGCUGAAACUUCUCAAGCAGAGGAGAAGAUCGAAGUGGAGACGCGUUCAGUGUAGUUUUGCUGAGAUGCUGCUAGACCACAAGGGGACCUAGAAACACUUAUUAUUUUGCACUUCACUUUUGUUUCCAAGCGUUCAAGUAAAGGACCUACAGCUUCACCUCAGCAUACACAUCUCUGCCACACUCUCUAUACCCUUUAUGACUGUUCUUUAUAGCAGAUGGAUGGAUUAAACAUCCUCCAGUGUGCUUUCUUUGUAUAUAACAUACAUAUCCACUUCCUCUUGACACUAGAAACCAAGUAGACUUAAGGCACAUUUUCACAGUCCAUUAAUGCAUUUGAUUUCUAUGUGCAGCUGCGUUCAUGACAGAUUUUGCUUCGCCCAAGCCAAAUAGAACAUGAUUUGUGUACACCGAAAAUGAAUUCCACUGCAUCUAGAUAUUUUUGAGGUACUGCCUCAAUUAAGAAAAUGAAAGAACAUGUUGUCUUAGUGGAUGAAAUCUUCAUGUUUUGGGUAUGAAGGGAUACUAAAUGCUACGUAGUCUCAGGAAAGAACUGUUUUUUUUUGUUUUUUUUUGCACUGUACUGUAGAUUCAAAAGCGUGCAUGCUUCAGCUCUGAUGCUCGAUAUGUAUUUGAAUGUACUAGUACUUAAAGAACACGUUUCUGCACUAAAUGUUAUUUAUUCCAGAGGGGUAUGAUCAUUCUGGCAUUCAUGAACGUUUUCUUUGCUCGAAAAUGAUUCGACAAGCUAAAUCUAAGCAGAAUGCACGCUAAUAGGAAUGAUGUGGCACAUUACGCUGGCAAGAAAAUCGAUUCCUCAUUUCUAUUUGUGCUGCAUAGCUGUGCCGCUGGGUUGCAUGGAGAUGCAAACAAUUUGAACACAUCCAAUGGCUGUCUUGUUUAAAAAUGCUAUGUAAAAGGAAAUCCGAUCAAUUAAAUCCUGCUGCCUCAUGUGUACAUUCAAGGCAUUAUUUAAUGUAUAGAAGGAUGUGAAGUCAUUUGUCAAUAUUAAUUGUCCGCCGAGAUGAAAGCUGUAUCUGAGUGGCUACUAUUAAAUCCUAAACUUGUGCUGUCGAUAUCUGUCAUCAUU